AUGGUUCUUCGCAAGAAAGAGGUCUACACCGUCAUCACGCCGAUCCCUGGCUUUAUCCCCCGCCAGCUCGCCAUUGAUAUCCUCCACAGCCACGGCGAAGUCAUCACCUUGAAUCCGUUGGUCCUCAGCCAUAAGCCUAUCAAAGCGCCCCGCGCCGCCCCGAGCGACGAGUUCUACUCGACGUGGUACGAGAUUACAGAGCGCAUCCAGUAUGUCCCGGGCAUUGGUAAGCUGGGCUCCGGCGUCAUCCAUUUCAACGGCUGCUUUCACGACCUGCCGUGGGGCCUCCAAACCCACAUUUACGCUCCCGCCAAUGUCGACCUGCGCAACAAGUAUCGCAUCGGCGGCAACCAGCCCGGCGUCGAGCCCCCGGAACAGCAGGAGAUUGGUCUGGGGGGACUUGGCGCACCGAAGGACGGAUUGUAUCUGCGGGAGGAUAUCGAGAUCCGCUGCAAUUUCGCCAUGGUGGGCUUCGUCAAGGCGCAGCUCAAGGCCGCAAGCAAGGAGAUGGUCGACAGGAUCAUCAAGAAAGCCGAACUGCUAGAUGCCGGUGUAUUGACUGCAAUGAUUGAGAAUGGCAAAAUCAGAACUUCCAACCCGAAUGACAGGACAACCUACACUGGUGGGUUGGGUGCGGUAGCCUCACCACCGCAGUCGCCAACAGGCCUGUAUCAUUCCAGCCACGAUUCGCAGCCGUCUCCGGGAACUCCAUACCAGAUCCCACGACCGAUGUCUUUCCAGGUCCCGCCAUCGAUGCAGCAGCAUCAGCAAUACAGCAGGCCCGGGACCUCAAACUCUCAGCAGCAGCAACAGACAGGGUAUCCCUUCGGGAAGCCCAACGACCAAUCAAAUAUCGCAGAACUGCCGGUGCAAUCGGCCCACCCUGCUGCUCAGCAAACAAUCGUAAUGGAGCUCCCCGGAGACAUGUAUCACCCCCAGUCCUCGCCACGCUUGCAACCACCACAGCCAUCACCCGCACUGCGAUCAGAUCAGUCUUCACCAGGCCCGAAUGACUGGAGAUGGUCGCAGAGUCAGCAGAGCCAACGGAGUCAGAACAGCCCUGGCUUGCAACACUCUCGGCCCACAUCUUAUUCGUCCGAGAGUGGUAGCGCGCCCUAUGCGUCCCCCGGAAUGGAUCACAAGGGAUUUGCAUCCGAAUUGAGGACACACCAGGAGACGCGCGAGGAGCACAAGUCCGACUCGAAGCAGGAUGUAGACCCAGCUUCCCGGCACCAAAAUACAUUCAUGCCAUACAAUCCUGCCGACUACGCGAGAGUUGGACGCUGA